AUGGGCGGAACCGUGGUGGGCAGGGCCAUGCUCCAGGCCUACCGCCAGGCCAUCGUCAAUGCAAACAAAACUGGAGCUGCCCAAGAAGCUAUAAAUGGUAUUAGACGGGCUAGCAAGGCCAUGACCGAGCAAGAAGCCCGGCAAAUUCUCAGUAUCAGUGAGAAAUCGACGUGGGAAGAGAUUGUCCAGAAGUAUGACACAAUGUUUGAGAGGAAUGCCAAGAAUGGGAGCUUCUAUCUCCAGUCAAAGGUCCAUAGAGCGAAAGAAUGCCUGGAACCUUUAUAUCAAAAGACCGAUGUAUUGAACUGA